UAGUGCUUACAGUCUGGAGGACCAACAUGGAGCAGCAGGGGAACCAGGGUCCCAUUCACUCUGCAGCUUACCUGGUGCAAAAAAACAGAAGGACAACACUAGAGCGGGUGGAGAAAUUCAUCUCUGACCAGUACUUUACUGACUGCAACCUGAGGGGGAAGUUGUUUGGAGAGAAAUGUCCUCUAGAUUCCAUCUCAUAUUACCUAACAGAAAAACGAAUUCCUUACAAGGAUGCGAUAAAACAAGAGUUUCAGGAAACGCAGGUUGGAAAGAGCUUUGGUCCCACAUGGUGGACAUGCUGGUUUAAAGUGCAGUUGAGCAUCCCUAAAAAUUGGUUGGGGAAGGAAGUUCACUUGGUAUGGGAGAGCGAUGGUGAGGGAAUGGUAUGGAAGGAUGGACAGCCAAUCCAGGGAUUGACAAAAGAAGGGCAGAAAACAAGUUACGUGUUGACCAACGCAUUGAAAGACCAGGAUCCACACAGCAUGACACUGUACAUAGAGGUGGCUUGCAAUGGCCUGUUUGGUGCUGGCCAGGGGAGUAUGAUUGCACCAGUCGAUGCUCAUAAAAUGUUUAUGCUGCAAAAGGCAGAGCUUGCGAUUUUUCAUCGAGAUGUGCAAGAGUUACUGCUGGAUUUUGAAAUCCUAUAUGACAUGGCUAAGUUGCUCGGUGAAGAUAACCAAAGAAGUUUUCAGGCCCUGUAUGUGGCCAAUCAAAUGGUCAACCUGUGUAAUGUGAAUGACCCAAGCACAUUUUCUGCUGUGCGCAAGUUAGCUUCCACCUUUUUCAAACAGAAGAAUGGAGACAGCCAGCAUGUUGUUCAUGCCAUGGGACACUGCCACAUUGAUUCAGCCUGGCUGUGGCCAUAUGAAGAGACAAUUAGAAAAUGUGCUCGCAGUUGGGUAACGGUGAUACAGCUGAUGUCCAAAUAUCCAGAAUUCACAUUUACUUGCUCUCAGGCACAACAGUUGGAAUGGGUGAAAACGUGGUAUCCUGGUUUAUACUCCCAAAUUCAAGAAUAUGCCAAGCGAGGGCAGUUCAUACCAGUUGGAGGGACCUGGGUAGAGAUGGAUGGAAACCUUCCAAGUGGUGAGUCCAUGGUUCGGCAGUUCCUUCAGGGUCAACAUUUUUUCCUCCAGGAGUUUGGCAAGCUGUGUGAAGAGUUUUGGCUACCGGAUACCUUUGGGUAUUCUGCUCAGCUGCCGCAAAUAAUGAACGGCUGUGGAAUCAAGCGCUUCUUAACUCAGAAACUCAGCUGGAGCCUAGUCAAUGCUUUUCCUCAUCAUACAUUUCACUGGAAGAGCAUUGAUGGGUCUGCGGUUCUGGCUCACUUUCCUCCAGGAGAUUCAUACGGAAUGAUGGGUAAAGUAGAAGAGAUUCUGAAAACUGUGAAAAACAAUAGGGAUAAAGGUCGUGUCAAUUCCAGUAUAUUCCUUUACGGGUUUGGUGAUGGAGGAGGAGGUCCUACAGAGCAAAUGCUGGGCAGACUGAACAGGAUGAAAGAUGUAGAUGGCUUACCUCGAGUCAAAAUGUCUUCUCCGGAUCAAUUUUUUUCUGCAGUGGAAACAGACACAUCUCAGCUCUGCACUUGGGUUGGAGAAUUGUUUCUUGAGUUACACAAUGGAACUUACACCACUCAAGCACAGAUAAAGAAAGGGAACCGGAAGUGUGAGGAGCUACUCCAUGAUGUGGAAAUCCUCAGCUCUUUUGCUCUUGCACAGAACAGCACAUUCAGUUAUCCCAGUGCAAAGCUGCAGCAUCUGUGGAGGCUCCUGCUGCUGAAUCAGUUUCACGAUGUGCUGCCUGGUAGCUGUAUUGAACAGGUUGUAGAGGAUGCUCUGUCAUACUAUAAUGAAAUUCGAACAGAAGGUGCCAAGCUUCUCAAUGAAUCUAUUCAGGCCUUAUUGAAACUGCCCUCCUCUUCACAACCUUCCUUCGACCAGCCGAUAACUGUUAUAAACACAUUGCCAUGGGAGCGAAUGGAACUAGUUUCCUUCCCCGGGACUUCAGGGCAUCAAAAAAUGGGCUUUGUGAAGGUGCCAAGUAUGGGUUAUGUCGUAGGUCCUGAGAGUGUGUUACCCUGUGACAUUGUCAGAGUACUAAGACAGGAAGAUAACUCCAUAAUAAUGGAGAACGGAAUCCUGCGUGCCAGCAUUGAUUCAGUGGGUCGUUUAACAUCAGUAAAAUUGCUAGCCUCUAAUAGAGAAUCUGUACCUGAAAACUGUUACGGAAACCAGUUUGUAAUGUUUGAUGAUAUCCCACUUUACUGGGAUGCCUGGGAUGUGAUGGACUAUCAUCUAGAAACCAGGAAGCCAUUAACAAAUAUUGUGCGCAAAGUGGAGAUUAGCACCAACGAAGGACUAAGAGGAGUCGUCACUUUCUCUUUGCAAAUCACUGAGAAGAGCUCUAUUGAGCAGGAGAUUGUCCUUGAUGCUGCUUGUCCUUACAUCAGGUUUAACACCAAGGUAACAUGGCAUGAGGCUCACAAGUUUUUGAAAGUUGAAUUUCCAACCAAAGUGCACAGUUCAAACGCAACGUACGAGAUUCAGUUUGGGCACCUUCAGAGGCCGACUCACAGAAACACGUCUUGGGACUGGGCUCGUUACGAGGUUUGGGCUCACCGAUGGAUGGACAUUUCCGAGCACGGUUUUGGGGUUGCAUUGCUUAAUGACUGUAAAUACGGUUGUUCUGCCCUGGGGAAUGUUCUGAGCCUAUCACUCCUAAGAGCUCCAAAGUCCCCAGAUGCCACAGCAGAUAUGGGGCAUCAUGAGUUUUCCUACGCACUUAUGCCACAUGCAGGAUCAUUUCAGGAGGCCGGGGUUAUUCAACAUGCGUAUAGCUUCUGUAUUCCACUUAUUACCACCUCAACAGUGGGAUCACAAACCAGUUCUUGGAGCGCCUUUACUGUCCUUUCACCAGCCGUAAUCCUAGAAACGGUUAAACAGGCAGAGAACCAGCCUGGCUCUCUGGUACUGAGAUUAUAUGAAUCCUUUGGCAGCACUGUGGACACCUGGCUGCAGACAUCACUCCCUGUGCAAGAGGUUUUCUUGUGUGAUCUCCUCGAACGCCCUUAUAGCAGUCAGCCGCUUCCGCUAGAGGAGAGCGGAGUGAAACUAUCAUUUACGCCUUUCAAGGUCCUGACUGUUCUUCUACUUCUGAAAAGAUAAUUUGAGCAAACUUUCCUGUACGUCCUGCAGGUUUCAAGCUAGUGAACUAGUUCUGAAUAGUUAAAUUAAUGGAUGAGAAUAUGUCCUGUACACCCCACGAGGUUCUGAUUGGUCUACUAGUGCUACGGAGAUUAAUGGAAAGAGGAGAAAACUGCCCUUAACACCUUUCAGAGUUUUGACUGUUCCUGUUCCGAAGAGAAAAAUCCAUGAAUCUGUAGUGUUAAUGGGCAGCAUGUGCCAACCAGCUAUUAACCAACAACUUCAAGAGAAUCGUCCAAGUACCCAGAUCUCCCUUUAUUACAUGUUUCCUGCGAUUGGUGUUGUCCUCUGUUAUCCGAUAUUGGUACUAUUGUAUUAAAUUUGAAAUUCACUGUGAAUUCACACUUUAGUGAAUAACUCUGUAUAUGAAAAGGUUAAUGACUUUAUAAAAUCAUGAAUAAAUAUCAUUAUGAAAGUCUGCAGAACAAAAAUAUUACUUGUAUUCUGUGUGUAGCUCCGUCUAAUUUGGAAAAUACAUACGUACCAGAAUAAAUACGUACAUUCCAUA